GCAGGUAAAUGAGUAUAAUAGAAUUCAUGGAUGGCUGCACACUAAGCCCCCUCACAGGUGAGUUGUUUUUGACUAUUAAGGAAUUGAAAUUGCCCAUACACAGGUAUCGGAAAAAUGUUUAAAGUUUAAACUUUUUGAGUCUAUACACCACUAUGAGUAUAGUAUAACAAUGAAAUUCAAGACAGACAUGGUAUUAGUGUCUAUUUAUAGAAUUAAGAACAUUUUCAAUAGUCUGUCGGGUCGUAUAUACAGCAAUUUUUCUUUGUUGGUAUAAAGUUAUUGACUGCGUUACCAUAGCACGGGAUGUAGAUGGCCCAUUAUUGUGUCUUUUGUCAGAGAAGUUACAUAACAUUUAGAAAAUUAAGAGAACAUCCUUGCAAAUUCAGUGGCACUGGUUCCCCAAACACAAUUGUUCAUCUGACACGGAUAAAGAAAAUUGGGUCAAAAUUCCUUUCAAAUUGGGAAACAGUGCAACAAGUCUUAACACUACCCUAACAAGCAUGGAAGAGGAAAACUAUGCCGGAAUCCAGUCUGAGUUUGAAUACACUGUGGAGCUUGAUAACACAAGUUCUGAUAUCGAAAAUUCUGACAGUCCCUUGUACACAAAGAUGGUUCAUGGGAAAGAAAAUAGUGAUAGUAAGGAUGGAGUAGAAAUUGAAGAAGAUUGCCCAAGUGGUAGAACUGAUGUCGUAGAUAAAUCUGAUUAUGUCUAUGUCUUGGAACCAGACAGUAUUAAGCCUGAUAAUCUAAAAGAAUCAACCACUGAUGAAAGUGAGAAAGAAAGUGACAAAGAACCUGAAACUUGUUCCAUUCAGAUCAAAAAUGAAUUUCUUGGUGCAAUAGAUCUGACUGGAUCAAACAAGAGAAAACGAAAGUCGAAUAUAGAUAGUGCCUUAUCACAUAUUCUAAAAACAAAAACCGUUAAUGGUCAAAAUGAAACAGCAUUAGAAGAAUCUCAUUCAGAAGAAACACAUGCAAAUAAAGUACAAAUUCUUGAAAAGAAUGUUAGAGAUAUCAACCAGAAUGGAUUACCAAUGAAUGCUGUGUACAAAACACCAAAUAACAUUGGAAUUAAAUCUGAACUUUGUAUAACACCGAAAGCAGCUGCACCAACUUUGAGUACACCAAAUACCAGCUCUGGAAGGAAAAACAGGAGAAAAAGAUCUGUUCCAGUCAGAUGUGAAAGGAGUGAGGAGGUUAUUGAUGACAUUAAGGAAAUAAUGGAAGAGUAUGGAGCUCAGCCUGAUGUUGAAAUGAAAACUGAAAAACCAACACUGGCAGAAAGAGCAAGUGACAUUGCUCCUCUAGAUCUUACUCCAAAAUCAUUUGGAAAUUCUGAAAUCUCUGCAGUUCCUAAGGAUGCUAUAUCACCUAUGGAUCUUACUGCAUCUUCAAAAAAUAAAGCUGUCAAAAAGGGUAUUAACACUGAACCAAAGCCUGAAAAUGCUCAGCCAGUGGAUCUCUCAAAACCGUCUCCAAGUUCCACACCAAAUAAUGAAUUGAAAAAUGGAUUUACAAAUGGUGGUCUGCUUCCACAAAUGAUGCCAAACACUCAGAUCGAUCCUCUCCAAAUGCGUCAGUUAUUUGAAACAGUAUAUAAGAUGCAAGCACAAUUUCCUAAUCAAAAUCUUGUUCAAGCUCAACUAAUGCAGUUUCAUGCACUUAUGCAAAAUGCUAUGUUACAUGGUGGGUUAAUGCAAGGGAAUGGAGUGAAAAAGGAACAUAUAAAAAAUGACAAAAAUGACAAUAUCAUUAAGACAGAACCUGGAUUAACCAAUAAUAUGAUGACCAAUGAACUUCAGUUUAAUUUAGAACUGAUGCACAAGAAUGGCCUUAUACAAAACAAUUUUGCUCCCACCUUCAAUGGUGCUGUUCCUGGUUCACCAUUUACAAUGAAUCAAACAAAUCAUUUCAAGAGCAGAUCAGCUAAGAAAAAGAGCAAAGAUUUGUCUCCCUUGAUUAAUGAAUCAAGUCUUGAUUCAGUUCAACUUGAAUCAAGCACACCCCUUGUGGGAUUGGAUGUAAAGCAAGGUCCAGAACAAGUUCUUGAUACUUUAUCCAAAUUUUUUCCAGUUGUUCCUGCAGAGAGCUUACCAAAAACCCAGCUUGGGGAUGACAGUAACAGUGUUCGAUUUUUUGUGAAAGAUAAUGAACAAAUACGAGUGAUAGUUGACAGUCUGCUGCAAGUAGGUGUGCUUGAUUUUGAUGAGCAACAAAUUCAUGGAACUGAACCAGUCUACAAAUAUAUAUGCAGGGUUUGCUGUCAAACUUUUUUUCACGUUGAACAUCUCACCAAACAUAUCAAAAAAAGCCACAUCGUUAAAAAAUACCAGUGCAGUGAGUGUGACAGAUCGUUCCAUGAUGCGGGGAAUUACAGACAGCAUAUGCGGGUUCACGACGAGACAGAUAUACCGUACGAGUGCCCAGAAUGUAAACGAAGAUUCCGUCACAAAUGUACACUUAAAGUACACAUGAGAAUUCACACUGGAGAGAAACCAUUCAAGUGUGAAAUUUGUGAUGCAACAUUCAAAAUUUCAUCAGGCCUUCAAACACACAUGAGAAAACAUACUGGUGAGACACCAUACGCAUGUGAAUUCUGUGACCUGCGGUUUAAAUGUCAGAGCAACCUUAAGCAGCAUCUAUUCCAACACACCCAGGUACGACCCUUUCCGUGCGAUAUUUGCGGGAAGACAUACAGUCGUAAAUCUAUCAGAGAUGCGCACUUGCUAACACAUACCAAAGAUAGCAUAAAGAAUGAGCAUGUGAAAAAGUGGAUAGACAGUAUGCCGGCUCAAGCUCUUUCUGUUGGCGGGAAUGAGUAAAUUAAUAUUUCGAGAAAAAAGUACAUUUAGUAUUACUUGAAAAGCAAAAGCUGUGAGAAUUAUUGUAGAAAUUUUGUUUUUAUAAUUAUUAUCAUGAUUUUGUAGUCAUGGUAAAACAUUGGAAUAUACUUUCAUGUUGGUUGUGUACAUUCUGACAUUCCUGACAAAAAAAUAUUUAAGAACAUUUUGUACCAGCUGAAACCCUUUUGCAUUUUUGUCUUCUUCUUGUUUUUUUUUUGUUU